AGAGAUCGAAGCCUUGGUGUUUCCUGCCGCCCACGCAUCCCCUUCCCCGUGCUCCGUGUCUGCCGAGGCCUCCAUCGGCGGAUAAGUAGGCGGCGGGGGUUAGCACCAGCCGGACGCGACGCAAUGCGAUACGACGAUUCCAACGGUCAGGGAGGUGAGGAGGAGCUGAGGAUGGAGGGGAACUUGAUGGCGAGGAUGAGGAGGAGGGAUCACCUGCUGCUCACGGACGCCGGGGCCGGGCCUCUGGCGGUGCUGGCGCCGCAGACCCCGAUGGAGCCCAUGGAGUUCCUGUCGCGGUCGUGGAGCGUGUCGGCCUCGGAGAUUUCAAAGGUGCUGGCCGGCGGCGUCGGCGGGAGACGGAGCUCCAACUUCGUCGUCGACCGCCUGUCCGGGAUGCUCAUGCCGGAGACGCUCGCACUCGCCGCUGCCUCCGGCACCAACAUCAGCCCUCGCAAGCGCACCCUCAGGAGCAGGAGCGCCAUCUCCGCGCACCAGGUCCACCACUCGGUCCACCACACGGUCCACGCGAUCGGGAAGUGGUUCCACCACUGGGACUCGGGCAGCCGGGUGGACAAGGCCCGCGCCGAGCGGGCGCGCCUGCACGCCGCGGUUUCCGUGGCGAGCGUGGCGGCCGCGGUCGCCGCCGUGGCCGCCGCUGGCGCCGCGGGCCCGGACGCGGACGUCGUCGAGGGCUCCUGGAUGGAGACCGCGCUGGCCUCCGCGACGCAGCUGCUGGCGUCGCACUGCGUCGAGAUCGCCGAGCUCGCCGGCGCCGACCACGACCAGGUGGCCUCCGCCGUGGAGGCCGCCGUCGACGUGCGGAGCCCCGGAGAUCUCCUGACCCUCACCGCCGCUGCGGCCACGGCCCUUAGGGGAGCCACGGCGAUGAGGAAUCGAGCGCAGCGGGAGGCCAGGAGCAGGGCGGCCGUGGCGCCGUACGAGAAGGCCGGCAGCUACCGCGCCGACGUCUGGUGCAAGGAAGGGGCCCUCCUCAAACGCGGCCGCAAAGGCGUUCUGCAUUGGAAGCAGGUGGCCGUGUACAUCAACAGGAAGUCGCAGGUGAUUGUGAAGCUGAAGAGCAAGCACAUCGGCGGCGCCUUCUCCAAGAAGAAGAAGGGCGUCGUGUACGGCGUCUACGACGACAUCCCGGCGUGGCCCGCGCACGAGGGCGGCGGCGCGCCGGGCUCGGCGGCGGAGACGUGCCACUUCGGGCUGAGGACGGCGCAGGGCCUGCUGGAGUUCCAGUGCGAGAGCAGGGCGCAGAGGCAGGACUGGGUGGAGGCGGUGAAGAACCUCAUCCGGCAGGUGGCCGGCGGGACUGCUCAGCUCGAGCACUCCUUCGAGUCGCUCAGGCUCAGCUCGUCCUAAGUUUGGAUGUGUCUGGUCUCUGGCGUGUAAAUCUGCCUCCGUUUGUUCACUCGGCUUUAUCGCAGGGAGCAAUCGAGGUGCGAUAAGCAGAAUAAUGUGCAGAGAUGUAGUGUAUGCUGUAGAUAAAACGUUAAUCUCAAGAUCCUAUCUAUCCUAGCCUCUAUGAUCUUUG